ACACGCGCGCGCACACUUUGAGCACGUGAAUAAUCCAGCGCUCACGUGACAAAGGUUUUCAGUCAUGGCUGACGACUGCAGGCGACAAGGCUUCGAGCUGGAGCGACGGAUAUUUGAGUUGGACAUAAAGUGUGCUAGCCUGCGAUCGGAAAAACAAGAUGACGACUAUUUACAGAAUGCGUCUACCAUACUAGACAAGUUGAAAAGCUUCUACAGACAAGGAGGAGAGACGAGCAGUCUUCCCAAACUGCUUCAGGAUUACACACAGGUGAUCCUAGACAUCACAUUUUAUGAGGAAAAUAGGCUUGUGGACCAGGAGUUUCCUGAAGACAGUUCCCCAUUCAAAAUCCAGCAGCUGCUGCAGGACCUCACAGAGCCAGAAGUGUUGGCAGGAAGACUGGCACCAGCACAAGAGGUGCAGUCUGUGCUAGGCCUGGAGCUCUUAGAAUGCCUUUACUGGAGACGGGGAGCCCUGCUGUACAUGUACUGUCACACUCUGCACCAACGGAAACAAUGGAUAAAGAAGAACAAGGACACAUUUCUUAAGUGUAUCCAGGAAGGUGUGCGCUACUUGAUGCGAAUGCUGCAGGUGCGAAACUCUGUGAAACUCAACGACGGGGUGGUUCUCCACGACACUGCCACCGCCAACUUCCUAUCCGAAGGUAUCUUCUCCGACACUCACCUGCUGACGAUGAUGUACAUCGGCGAGAUGUGCUUCUGGGCCGUGAAGUACGAGGACUGCAGUGUCGACAUGAUGGACCGCAAAGAAGACCGUCUCCAGUUUCGGGACAUUGGAACACAGAUCCUCAACAAAUACGUGCUGGCCUGCGAGGGCCCGCUGCAGGGCCAGGGCUGGAACACAGAAAACGCCAAGGAAAUCCUUAGUAUCUUACAGUAGAACACCCAGCAGCUCCCGCACUGAAGUUGCCCUCAGGCACAAGUCCAAGAUCAAAACAUACGUGUACCGCCUCCAAAAUAAAACCUUAACCCAACAGGGGGGAACCAUUGAUGUGCAUAGAGGGAUUUUAAAGUGGGGUGGUUGGGGUAUCUUAAGUAAGUGAAGUAAAACAGUCUUGGGUUUGUGUUUAAAGGCAACCUCAUUCUAUGCCAAACAGCUCUGGCCAAAGGAGAGGUAUUAAGGGGCUAGAGGGUUUUGGGUGUAUAGUGUAAAAGUGGGGUUAAGGAGAAAGAUUAAUAAAAAAAAACAAAUGUUCUCUCUGUCCCUGAAACACUUAUCUUCCUGACUCCAGGCAGGUCGGAGCAUAUGGUCUGCUCUGAGAAUGUGGUAAAGUAACAUUAAUAUUAAUAUUAGAAAGACUAUUAAGAAAAUAACCUUUUUUAAAAAAAGAUUUAGUUCAUGAUAAUCCAUUUGGGAAUGAGACAUUGCACAGCGACUUUUUAUUUAUUUUAUUUUAUUUUUUCAUUUUUGUUAUACUUUUGUUAAUAUAUUUUUAAUUAAUUGCGUCUAUAUUACAAAAGGUAAGGAUAUGUCACAAUAUGUUGAUUGAGACUGAAGUAUUCUUUGAACUUUUUAAAGUACAGUUUAAAUAUCUGCUUUGUAAUGCUUCGUUUGUGUCAUCCCAUCUUCAACUUCAUUUUUUCUGACACAUAACUUUGAUAGUAUGCCUAUAAUUGAAGUGUUCUUUUCGAGGAGAAAAAAAAAAUCAUUUUCUGUUUUUUAUGUCCUCAAUGAAAAUAAAUACGCGCGUUGGUUUAACAAA